AUGGACUGCGACAUUGAUGUUGUUACCUCCAAAAUACUCUCCGAAUGGAAGCUCCAGGAAAGAGUGUUUGAGGACGAACAGGAAUCACUUCGGUCCCGCUCGCCGGAGUCCUCUUUCGAGUCCAUGUGCUCCUCACCCGAGACAUCUUCGGGCUCCAGCGGACAUCGGGGAUUCAAGCCUUUCUCGUUUGGCGUCGCAGGACGCAAUGCGACUCCGUGCGCAACGCAGAGGCAGACCAAGCCAAAGAUGUCGACCAAGAGACGCAUGAAGGCGAGCGAGAGGGAGAAGAUGCGGAUGAGGAGCCUAGCAGAGGCUUUGCACCAGCUCCGUGACUAUCUGCCAGCGGAUUACAGCAAACGAGGCCAACCUCUGACCAAAAUACAAACCCUCAAGUACACCAUUGAGUACAUCAAUAAACUGUCGAACAUUUUAAAUCAUGCGUAA